AUGCAUCCAUUCAAUGUUGGUUUAAAUAAUGCUCGAGUUGGAAUUAUUCCAGUUGCUGGAUCACCGGACUUUGUGUUUUCUACCAUCGUUGGAUUGAAUGGAAUCACUAACCAAUUUAUUUUGAACACCUACCUCUCUCAAACAUACAGUGAUUUCCAAGAUUUCAACCAUACUGGUCAAUACUUGAACAACGCUCUUACCUUCUCCGUCAGUGAUAACUACCGCACAGUUGACAACGGAUUCCGUCCUAAUAUUACAAAUCAUGUUCUGAUUUACGUGACUACCACCACUGACUUCUCUGAUAAGCCAGAAACGCUUGACAUCUUGUCCAACAAUUUGUAUGGCGUCAUUACUGUCGGUUAUGGACCUGGAAUAAAGGAUAUCGGAGCUCUUCAAAAAUUGGCUGGUGGUACUGGUUGUGCAUUCAAUGCUCCUGAUAAGACAACGUUAUUGAACAAGUUGGUACCUGUCGUUCAAGAUCUUGUAUUAACUUCAGCUUCCUCUCAAUCUGGAGCGAAUGAUGUAAUCACUUUUUUGGAUUUUUUCACAAGUACUAGCAUUUUUCAGAUCAUAGCAUUUGUCAACAAUUUGAUGCAUCCAUUCAAUGUUGGUUUAAAUAAUGCUCGAGCACGUGUGCAGAGUGGUAUUCAACUCUUCUCAGGAUUCACUACUUCCCUUGUGUCUGAUGUGCCAGGAUUAGAUCCUGUUCAAGACUCACCGAACAAUAUGAUCAUAUCAUACGUUCAUACCACCGAUCUGCUCAGAACUCCAAUUCUUUUGCAAUCAAGCUUAUAUGAUGCGUACACCGGCAAUUUCUUCAACGCUGCACGUUACCAAUUCCGUGCUGAUUGUAGCUAUCCCUGGGUUUCUCAAACAUUCACUUGUCCCGAUAACUCCGAAAUGAACGAAAUGGCUAUCAUGCAUUAUGGAGAAGAUGCCUCUGGAUAUGCCUUCCAGCGUGUAACUUUCGCUCAUUGCAAUAAGCAAGUUUUGACUUGUGGAAACGGAGGAAUUCGUAGCAAUGGUACGUGUGUCUGUGAUGAAUAUUGGCAAGGUAAAUUCUGUACUAUCCCGAUUUGUGUGAAUAAUGGAACUCUGGAUCCAACCGAGCAGUUUUGUGAAUGCCCUACUGGAUACUUUGGAAGCAACUGCCAAUAUGAUGGUUGUACUAGACGUAAUCCCUACUUCUUCGAUACUAGUAAGAAGACCCUAGCAAUUCUUGUUGAAGCUACUAUGAACAACAAGAACAAUCUCGAUCAGCUAUCUCAAAACUUGACCGCUAUGAUUGCUACUGCUACUGCCCAAAAGACUGAUUGGUUCGGAAAUUACAUUCUUGUAGCUUUCAACAGCUUCCAAGUAACUACCGCAAUCUACAACUUACCAAGUGUUGCCGCAAUGCAGCAAGCAAUCAGAGCUAUCAACGUUGCUGGCUUGAGUGACGAUGGCAAUUGCGCUACGAAUAUCUUUGAUGCAAUUGAUAAGGUUUUGAUGCAAAGUGAUAGAAUUGUUUUCCCUGAUUCUCAAGUCAUCAUUUUCACUGCUUCUACUGCUGGCGAUUAUUUGAACCGUGGAGAUACUGUUGCCCACUUUGGCGCAACUGAAGCCCAGCUUACCUGGGUAUAUGAUACUAACUCUAAAUGUGGUAUAGCUCCAGCCCAAACUGACGCCUCUGCCUCUCAUCUUGUUCGCUUAUGUUAUGCUACUGAUGGUAAUGCUCUGUUCGUCAACUCCGCACUUUUAUCACAGUUCUUUGGCACGUACUUAGCUUCACGAUUCUACGUUGCAACUCUUACAAACCCCACUUAUAAAACAAACUUUAAGUGUGAUAACGCACCGUGGUACAUACAGGUUGAAACAUCGAUGUCUUCUGUAUACAUUACAACAUCCAACUAUAUUGGUUCUAUUACCGCCGUGACAGAUCCUCAAGGAAUAAUGUUAAACACAGACCUUAUUUACUCUGAUUCCUUCACCAAGUUCUCUAUGUUCAAACCGUCUGUUCCUGGAAUAUACACUCUUAAUUUGGCAUCUCCUGGAACCUGCUAUGCAUCUGUUUAUUCCAAUACCGGCGCUAAAGUAUAUCAGUAUUUCGCUCCCACAACUGCUUCAGAUCCUAUUGGUGCUCAUCUUGAUGGAUCUCAGAAGACUCCAAACGCUGGACAAUCUACAAUCGCCACAUUCCAUACACCAAACCGAGGAACAGAUCUUUUGAAAUAUGUUCAGAUCAUUGACUUGGUCACGAAUAUGCCUGUUCUCUCAUCUGCCUUGUAUCUGAGACAGGGAUGCUCCUUUGAAUACUAUUCCGACCCAUUCGUUUGCCAAUCUGAUAUGAUUGCUGUGAUCGUUUACGGCCAAGAUAGAACCUAUGCUCAAUUCAAAAGACAAUUGGUUGCAUUCUGCGUUAACGGAACUUUACCAAGUUAG